ACCGCCUCUGGAAGCUCAGUUGACCAGCGUCGCAACUGGGCGAUGCGCCUAACGGAGAGCCUCUACCUUUUCGCAGCGGAUUUGACAUUAACAUCGCAGCCUACGCCCUCACAAUCUGAAUGACAUUGAGUUUUUUCCCCUCGUCAGUGAUUUCUUUAGCUUACGUCACUCUAAUUUUGAGAGAAAACUAUUCACAGGACAAGGUUUUCGGUCGCAUAUCUGAAAACUGACCACUCGCAACAGGCAUUGAACGAUCCCCCGUAGGCGGAUUAGUUUUCAAAAUACCGAUUUCCAGCCAGAGACAACUGAUAACUUAAUCGAAGAUGGUAGGGGAAACGACGGACAAACUCGCUUGAUUUUGGUAAUUUGUGUCCUCAGUUUGUAUCUAUUGGAGGCUCGAAAGCAUCUUCAGACAGAGCACAGGGAGCAGAGGAGGCUGUCACUGUCUACAGGCUGUUGUAAGGCGGGCAGGAGUAACCAGCAGCCAUGCUGUCAUUGGACGAGCCGCUGGACUUGAAGCUUCCCUCAGGACGGACAGAUGGUCCGGUGAGAUUGGGAAAGAGGGCUUAUCCUUCCUCUAUCUGUGCCCCUCUCAGUGCCACACGACCACGCCUGCUAUGCACAACCUUUCCCUCUCCACCCUCCUCCCCAGAUUCCCAGUCUUCCUCUCAAGAACGACCCGGGUCCUGCUUCAGUCCUCCAGCCAUGGACCUCAGCCUGUCACCCUCCUCCCGCCAUGCCUCCUCCUUCUCCCUCUCCCCGUCUCCUUCCUCCCCCUCCUCCCUCUCCCCUUCCUCACCCCUGGAGUCCCCUCACAACAGCAGCAGCCCUCAGCCACAUCUCUUCUUACGGGAACCAGCUCGCCAUCGAGGUGUGGAGGGCGGAGCUUCACCGCAGGGUUAUCCGUUUUAUCUGCCAAUUGGAAGCCCACCGAGGGCAUACAGCUUUCCCUCCUCCAUGUUCAUUGGUCAGAACAGAGAGAAGCAGGUUUCACCAGAGCCCUCAUUGGAUGGUCAGCUGGCCUGCCGUUGGAGGAAGUGCCACCUGCUGUUCGACUCACUGCAGGACUUGGUGGAUCACAUCAACGACUUCCACGUCAAGCCUGAAAAGGAUUCUGGGUACUGCUGCCAGUGGGAGGGCUGUGCUCGUAAUGGAAGGGGCUUCAAUGCCAGGUAUAAAAUGCUGAUUCAUAUCCGCACACACACCAAUGAGAAGCCACACCAUUGUCCCACGUGUAACAAGAGCUUCUCACGUCUAGAGAACCUGAAGAUACACACCCGCUCACACACAGGAGAAAAACCCUACAUCUGCCCUUAUGAAGGCUGCAGCAAACGUUACUCCAACUCUAGCGACCGCUUCAAACACACCCGUACACACUACGUUGACAAGCCGUACUACUGCAAGAUGGCAGGCUGCCUGAAGCGCUACACCGAUCCCAGUUCGCUACGCAAGCACAUCAAAGCCCAUGGGCACUUUGCCCAGGAGCAAGGCGCCACAAGCAGGCUGGGGACGGGGCUGGGCCUCCACGGGCACCAGAGCGCCGCUGAACUGCCAUCUGUAGGCGGGGCCCAUAUCAUCAUCCCUGGGGUUGCUGCAGCUCUUCUUGGGGGCCUUGGGACCUCUUUGCCUCUCUCUGCUUUCUGCCACGCCAGAACCCUGGGCCACCCCGGGGGACCACUUUUCUCCGUAGGUGGAGGAGGUGGCAGCAGCAUGGGGCAGCUCGGCCUCUCAGACUCUCUUAUACACUUUGGACUUUCAGCUGCAUCGAUGUUGGGGCUGGGAGCUCUGGGAGGUCUGGGGCAAAUGGCAGGCAAGGACACGGAAGAGGAAGAGGAGGAAGGAGAGGAGCAGGAAGUGUUGAACCUGUCUGCGGGGGUGGGGCCCGGACGAAGCGACGCUUUGUCCUGGGUGGUUGUUCCCCCGAGGGCACUCCUCCUCAAACCAGCUGUUGUCAGCUAGGAUGUGCACUCAGCCAUGCAUAGAACCAGAUUGAACCAGGGAGUGUGUGUUUGUGUUUUUCUGUAUCCCUGUUUGCAUGCAUGUAUGUCUUUGUGUGUGUGUUCACAGACAUAUACACAUUCACACUAUGAUGAGUGUGUAUGUGUGGGUGUGCGCGUGCAUGUGAGGGUCGCUGUCACCUGCAGAGCCAUAAAAAGCACUUCAGUCAUUCCAGCCGAGACAAAACUGAAGACAGACUGAAAAGUACAUAAGUCUUUGUGUUGAGUGUACAAAACCUAAACAAGACCUUUGAGUGAUGGGUUGCAAGACGUUUUUGCACCAUUAUGUUUCAGCUGUCUUAAAUGUUGAAAGGUCAAUUCACCCAAAUUACAAAGAAAAAAUCUAAAAUUACCCAUAGUGGUAUCUGGCCAUGCAGAUCCAUUUUAUCUGACAUUUUGUGAUUCCUGCUGAAAACAGCAUUAAAAAGGACAUUUGAAAAAUUCUCUACUAUACUAUAACUUGUCUUUCCACAAACAAAGUCCCUGUUAUUUUGGAUGAUCCACAGUCCUCUCUGAGAACUGUUUCUUUAUUGGAACUACUUUGCAAUGAGAUUUUUAAAUGUAAUUUCUAGCCACUCUAGGUAUAGCAAUGCCUGUCGGACAGACGGUCCAACGCUUUGGUACAGACUGAAAUAUCUCAACAACUAUUGGAUGGAUUGCCAUUAAAUUUUGUAUCAACAUUCAUGGUCACUAAUGGAGGAAUACUACAGACAGAUCAGGUCAACAUUUCAAUUUGUCCAGUACUUUGCGUUAUGACCAAGUACCUGCAAAAAUGACAUUAACCUAUAUAUCAAGGUGGUGACAGAUGUUUUAGUGAGUAUCUCAAAAUCUCGAGACACAAAACCACAUCUAUAUGCAUGGCUUGAUACCACAAAAAGUAAAAAAAAAAGAAAAAAAAAAAGUGUGAUUUAGGUGAACUGACCCUUUAAUAUUCCUUGAUUCACCCAUCCUGUUCAUCUACACCUUGACUUCAUGAUCAAAAAACAUUUUACAGUGGACAAUCACCUGUAUUAAAUUUACUCAGCCAGGUGAAGAGCAGGUGCACUAACCAUGUUGUAGUUUUUAUGUUUGACAACCCCCACUCACUGCUUCCACAGACCCAUUUUUACUCAUAAAUAAAUAUGGGAAAAAGCAGGGUUAUGGGGAGCAAUGAGAAAUACAGUCCACACACAAUCAUUGAAUGUAACAUUGAACAAUACGCGUUGUAGACAUCGUUAAGAUCUACCUUUGUUACAUCCACCUAUAUUUUUCCUUCAGGCAAAGUUUGUGCAAUUAAAGGGUUAAAUCUUUUAAUAAGAUAUCAAUCAUUUGAAAAAUUCAACAUCAACUUCGAUAAAAGGAUGGCUGACAUUAAAAACACAUUUCUUUUGUUAUUUUACUGUUUUAGCUGUUUACAAAUUAUAGAGAAGAUAAUUAUGUGUCUUUGUCGCCUUGUCAUAAAAUGGAUUUAAGGCGAUUUGGAAUUAAACCCUUCGAUGUCUUACUUAAACUUAAAGAAGGUGUCUGUGGAUUUAAUCUGGUACAUUAGUGGUCAUGUGCAACAGGUGCACCUGAGAUGACCCCUUUACCUGCUUCAUUUUCAGGUCUACAGCAUACAAAAUAUUCAGCCCCCUCGAGGAAAGCCGAACCUCCUGAGGCCUAAUGCCACGCAUCAUGAUUUGUAAUUUCAGUGUGGCUGUCAGCUGCUCUGUUGUUUGUUUUAACUCAGAGAGACCUUGACUCAGAUUAGUUUGGGACACUUACGACACUACGAUGUGUGACGAAAGAUUAUGAUCCACACAGAGCUUUCUGUUUGACCAUGUGAUUUUUCAAGUCGCAAGACGAAGAAAAACUGUGUUGACGCAACUGAAUGUAGGUUUGAGGUUAACUGCUUUGCUUGCUGUUUAUCCUAGCUAAUUCCUUACUCUAUUAAUCAUUCCAAGACAAUGAUCUAGACACGAUCAGCCCUGCCAUUUAGACAAGACCACCUGAGGACAACAGUCAAGUAGGAGCAAGGUAGACAAAGGUGUGUAUUAGGCAAUAAUGAGUACACAUUUGCUUCAUAUGAAUGUGAAAACAGAAAAAAGGUACACAAGAAAUGGCCAAACAAUGAUUUAAAAAACUGUCUCUCGAGUAUUUUUGAAGGGUGAAUGUUUGACAAUGGCCACAUGUGGCCAGUAUCUGUGUUGAAUUAUCUUGUAUUCUUGUUUGCACAUUGAUCUAUCCUAAUCAGUAUUUCAAAAGGUGUCCAAGUGCCUUGUGUUUCAACCCAAAUAUAUCACACACUAUAUGAAAAAUAUUUACACAAAUGUAAAGUGUAUAAAUGUACUUUUCAUUACAUUUUAGAAAACUGAAAUUUAAUAACUUGACAACAGAUGUGAUUUGUACAUCAGGGCCACUGCAACACUUUCCAAGGACGUCGACUCUGACAAUGACUCUACGUCAAUAAACAACAAAUGAAAAUAAAA